AUGAAUCCGGCGCUCCUGCCAUUCCUACUCACCCUUAUAGCAUUUGUCUUUUUGAUGCUAUGUACUUUUACCACACCCUUCAACUGGAACUUGUAUUAUCUCCGAGCUGACAUUGCUGGCGGCCUGCACUUGGGAGGGUGGGGAUGGUGCAUCCAGGGAGGAACCUGCACGCCAAAGGCCCUCGGGUACGAAUGGAACCCCCAAAUAAUUGUUUGGCUCACCAAGAUGAUAGUUUGGUAUCCUAUUGCCGACUUCUUCGUACUCUUCACUCUCCUGGCUCUGCUCCCGACAUUGAUCUCCAAGAAUGCCCGCAUCUAUCCCUCGCCCAUAUUCUCGCUCCUAUCUAUGCUCGCGGCAUUCUUUUCCCUUCUGGCCUUUGUUUUCAUGAUCGCGCUCUUUGCUGUAGCCCGCAAUCGCUUCCGUCGUGAUGGCUACGACGCCGAGUUCGGUCCCAUGCCAUGGAUCAGUCUCGUUGCGACUAUCCUGCUUAUUAUUGUCGCGUUCAUGGGCGGCUGCGGGCGCAUGUUCCGUGGAAAUAAAUCUCCCUAUGUUACCUAUCCUAGCAGCACGGUUCGCCAGGGCGAACACUAUUGA